AUGGAUUGUUCAAGAUACUCUUCAACCUACAAGAAAGAUCGAUUCCUCUCGCACAAUACCGGUCUAUUGAUGAGUACAUUGGACGAUGAAGUUGAUGUUGAUGUUGAUGCAUCCUUUCAUCUAUACAAUGAAGUAGGCGAGAAAGGAGAGACUUCUGAUACGAAAUGGAUGGAAGGAGACACCGAAUCUAUUUCUAUUCUUGGACCAAAGAGUUUAUUGGUGUCGGAAACUGCUGCUCGAGACAACAACAUUGUCAGUCCAAGUGAAUCAUCCUGCAAUAAUGUUUCAUCCAAAGCCAAUGAAUUGGCAAACUUGUCCUAUUUGACAUACGAUGAAGACGCUUCUCAAAUGGAGUUGAUCAUGGACAAGGCCCUCCAAUUGGCUCCAUUCUUUAUGCCGCUCGUAGCCUACAGCUUGUACGAUCCCACAGCAAUCGCAUUUGCUGCAACGAUAGAAUUCUUGAAGUCGAGCAACUGGGUAGCAGUAGACGGUGGAUCCUACCAAGCCAUGAUCAUUGCACCUGUCAUCAAUGGAGUGAUUAUCCCAUCUAUUGCAUUGAUGUUUGCGAUUCAAAUUGGUCUGACAAUCUCCAAGCUGUGGAAACGGACUAAUGAUAUUCGGAUGUGCAUAACCAUGGAAGCAUCCAAGCUCAUUAUGCUGCGGAAUCUCCUGUCCGACUUUCCCUUGACAAAUGAGACACAAGAAAAGUGUGAAUUCUAUCUUUUACAAUAUACAUCACGGUUAAUAUCCGAAUGCCAUGAGACUGUGAAUAUCGGUCUGUCGGACAUUAAAAUGGACAGCGAACUGAAUGCAUGCAUGAAAGAACUGAACAAGGCUGCGGCUGCUCCUGGAUCAAGCGGGUAUUGCGCAAUGUUGGUUGAUCAAGCGAUGGCAGCGGUCGAAUCGCUCAGUCAAAAUAGAUCCACCCGGAUCGGGGCCCUACAGUCGACCUUCCCAAUGUUGCAUUACGUCCUUCUGACGACCUUGGCACUCAGCAUCUGCUUUGCAUUCUUGAUGGAGACGGAUCAGGAUAUUCUGGUAUUUCUAAACGCGAUUCAACUUCGAAUAUUGUGGACCAUGCUCGUGGGAACCUUUUCGGCACUUGGACUAGUAUGCUACGAUUUGGAGCAUCCGUUCCGUGGCUUGUAUCAAAUAAGCGACAGUGUCAAGGAAUUAUACGACGUUCGUUUGGAAUACACGGCAUCGACAAAAUCUAAUGGCGAACACCGCACAUAA